UCGGAGAAAUCGGAUUUGUCUGCGCGAUCCGCUGGUAGUGCUUUUCUUCUGUAUUUUUUUUAUUAUUGUGGUCGAUUACAGACCCGCAUCCUAUAGCCGCGGUUCGGUGUGUAUGCGCGCGGGUACCUGUAUGUACACAGGUGUAUGUGUGCGAUCGACCAUACCCGCCAGGAGCUUUCGCGGUGGGAUCGAGGAACUCGCGUUCGAGUUGAGCGGUGCGCAUGAAGGAACUGUAAAUUCCACUAAAUCAAAACACAUACCCGCGCAGACGGAAUUAUUUGUUGUCUUUUGCUGCUGCCGCUGUUGCUUCAUCUUGGUCUUGUUGUUGCAAACACGUCGAGGGAAAAAAUUUCACCUGAAAGCAAAAAAAAGAGAAAGAUGAGCGGAACAAGAUCGUGGAGUUGCUGCUGCUGUUGCCGCACGCAAGAGCACGGUGACGCGUACGUGUCAGGUUGAGUCGGAAAUUAUUAUGCCAACGAAAAUAUCCUCAACAACAAGUGUGAAAAUGUGCCAAUGCUGGGAAAGUGCCGCGUGGUGAAUUUUUUUUCGGGAAAAGCUACAGAAUUUUGUGGAUUGAAUCGCUACCGGUGGGCUGUGAGUGAGAGAGUUAAGCGCCGCGAAAGGGAAUCCAAAUACAAACCUCCUCCUAUUGCGCUGAAAUUAUACCGAGGCGUAUGCAAAUGAGGCGGUGUUUGUGGUGAUAGCGUGGUGAAUGUAGUGACCGAAAGUGAAAGAAAGAAACACGGCAAGCGAAUGAAGAAAAAAAGGGAAGUUACGUGAGAACGAUCGAGAUCUUGAAGUAAAAGUGAAACUUCUUCUCAAGGUGGAGGAAUUCGUUUGGAUUGGAAAAUAAGCAUCACAACAAACACACACACACACGCGUUACGCGAGUUAAGACGAAAUAAGAAGAGAAUUUACAGGGACGAAAUAUUCGAGCGGAUGUUUGGCUUCUUUGUGGAAUAAUCAGCUUUGAGCAAAAGGCAUCCCGACCUUGAAACAAGCCCGGAGAACCGGCUUCCGGAAUUAAAUUGUAUCCGUGCACUCCAAUGAAGUCUGCUGAAGAUGAUCAUCCGGCAUUCUGGCACAACGAACACUAUCAGUCUGAACGCACCAGUAAGAGCGGCAUCAUCCGCGCCCACUAGCACUGCCAGACGUCAGCAACAAGAUCAUCAUUCAAUCACCAUCGUUCCCAUUUUGAUCGUCAAACAGACGACAACAACACAGACGGGGAGAAAAGAUUGCCAUCAAACCAAAAAGAUAUCCAAGAAUACAAAAUAACGAAACGCCCCCCGCUAAAUAAGCCAACGAUUUCAGUAUGAAAUUGUUUCCCCGACGAUAGAAUCGAAAACGGAUGUUGAAAAUGAAAGCGAAGGGGAAAAAUUAUCUACGGAAAGUAAAAACAGCUUACGACGAAACAAAAGCGAAUCAAACGAGCGAACGAAACUUGCGGAAGAGAAGAAUGUCGCCCAAACGAUUCAGAGUAGCAGCGAUCAUUCAGCAGACAUAUAUUUGCGGGCUGAUCGGACUGCUGGCGGUGUCGCAGCUUUCGCACGCAACUUGCGGCAAAUCAAAAGACUGUAGCGAAACUGUCGCUAACAAAUCAAAACGAUCGGCAUUGCCGAUUCUAAACGACGUCAAUGCCAGGAACAAAGAUUUCCUUUCGUUCGAAACGAACCAAGUGGAUCAGAACGAAAAGGAGUCGGUCGAACCGACGCGGCACCGAAGCGGAAAGGAUCUGCUGGACGAUUCGUUUCAAUUCAACAAAAAUAUGGCGAUGAACUUGUCGGGAAAACCUCCACAUGCGCCACCCUUCAUCAUGGCCAACAACAUAAACGGCCGGCAGAAUCCCAACCCGGAUAUUCAGGAUAUCAUCACGGGAAUUGUAAAGCUGCUGAACGGCAAUGUAAAUGUUCAUGCGAAUACUCAACCAACUCGGAGACACUCGGCCACGCGGAUAAAUAACCGAGGCCCUCCACGGAUAUCCGAGGCUCAACCUGUUCCUAACGAUUACGAUACAGACCUGAAUCCUUCGCUGACGUCCUCUCGACCUCCGUAUAGUUUCGAGAGGCCGGAUACGCCGGUUAGGCCAUUCCUGACAGGAGUGCCCCUUCCGGAGCAGAUUGUCCCCUCCAUGCAGCAAACAUAUCGGCCCGGAUUUGUGUCACAAAACCGGCCACCAUGGCAACGGCCUAAGCCACGACCCCCCAUUUCUCCAAAUCGUCGCCCGAUGCCACCAUAUAAACCCUUCCCAACUAUUGUGGAUUACUCCAAACCGGACCGUAACCCAGUGACAGUACCCCCGAGUGAGACCAAUUAUAUUGGUGAAACAACUGAGAAACCGGCGCCUGUUAUUGAAGACGUCGAAUACACGUCCAAACCGCUGAUAACCACAACGACAGAAAACGAACCACCUGAAACGACAACAACCGAUGUGACCGUCGAGAUAAAGGAGGAAACCCCCGUGGCAAUUCCGGAAAAACCCAUCUCAUCUAACAGCGCCAUGACUGAGGUUCAGUAUACCAUCGAACCAGCGGCCAGUGUCGAGCCAGCGGUUGAUCCGAGCUCGUCAGCAAUAGAACCAUUCCAAACCGAAGUGCCAAGCGUUUAUGAAAUCAACUCAAUCGAGUUCCUUCCUGCGUCUUCGGAGGCAACCGAAAGUUUCCCCUUGGAACCUUCAACAACUGACAAAAUCACUACGCUACUGAAAGAGUCAAUCACUCCAACGCAAGUUAUCACAUCGACAACGUUCUCAACCAGUUCUACCACCUUUGGUACUAGUACGACAACGACCAGCGCAACAACUUCAUUUACGACAACAACUACGCAACAAGCAGAAGAAACCAGUUCCAGCAGUUCUACCAUUCCAACGCCAGUACUUCCUACCACAGUCCACUCGACCAAGUCGAGUACCACCGACUACCGGUUUCAUCCUCGCCCUGGCCUCGUCCUCGAUGAUCCAGAUUUCAAACCCGGUGGCAACAGUCCGAUGCGUACUCAGAAUCUCUACAUCUCGAAGCCGGAGAUUCAUUCCUCGACCGGAGUCCAGCUGCCGAACUACGGGGAGAUCUUCGACGUAACACUGUCCGCCAUCCAGGGACCGGCUGGUUCCGGUUCAAAGCAGACAGUUAAGCUGAACCCAUAUUAUGGAGGAGCCCAGCACCAACUAGAUGAUGAUAGUAUCAUCCUGACGGCGAGUGGAAGCGAGGGUUUCGUGUCGAUAGACGGCAAACGGUCAUACAUAGAUCUCUUUGGUGAAUCGAAAACAGUUACUCCAGCGACAUCCACCAGUGAAACCAUCAAACCAACCAAUGUUCUUAGUCCGGGGAUCAUUGGAACUGGCUAUGCUGUCGUCGAGACAGAAAUCCCCAAAACUCAACCCAAAUCUACAGUGACGCAACCAGCACCACCGGCACCACCCCCUCCUGCAGCGCCAGCAAUUCCUCAUCCUCCGGCAGCCACCCAACAGUCACCUGUCCAUCGAGCUCCUGCCCAUCAUCGGCCCAAAUAUCCACUACCGCCAGUGCGUAUCGACACCUGUAUUGUUGGGGAUGACUCGACCUGCGAUCAAGCCCAGAACGAACGCUGCAAAACGGAAAGUGGCGUAUCGAGUUGCCACUGUCGACCGGGUUACGCUCGGCGAAAGCACCGCGAGCCUUGUCGGAGGAUCGUUUCCCUGAUGUUGUCGAUGCGGGUGGACAAAAUAUACGAGCGGCGCAUUCAGUGGGACGCCGUGCUCGCCAAUCGGGACAGCGAGAAGUACCAGCAGCUCAGCUACGAAGCGGUGCGCGCGAUGGACUCGGCGAUGUCGAUGACACCCUUCUCGGACGAGUUCCUGGAAGCGCGAGUGAACGGCAUCUACACUACGAUCCCGGCUGCGCAGGGGAUGAAGGGCGUCUUCGUCAACUACACGAUCGGUCUGGACGAGAACGCGGAGACGCUGCGGCCCCAGCUCAAGUCGGAUAUCCAGCGGCACCUGCUGGGCGUGAUCCACCGACGGAACAACAACAUUGGCAACUCGGCUCUGUACGUAGACAGCCCGACGGGGGCGGUCUCCAGUGUCCAGGAUGUAGAUGAGUGCACAUCGGAGGAGCUGAACGAUUGCGAUGAGGCCGCAAAGUGCACCAACAUGUUCGGCACCUUCCGGUGCGAGUGCGGUUUCGGCUAUCGGGACCCCUGGGCGGACCAGCCGCAGCGAGCCGGUCGCGAGUGCCUCUCGUGUCCGGACUCGUACUGCAACAAUCGGGGCACCUGUGUGUACGAUAACGCCAACAACAAGCAGGUCUGCAAGUGUCUCGGCAGCUACUAUGGCACACAGUGCGAAAUCGACGGGGAGGUGCUCGGGGUGGCGGUUGGAGCCUCGGUAGCUGCGGUGGUCAUUAUUGUCCUGACGCUGAUCUGUUUGAUCAUGUGGAGUCGCAAAUGGCAGCGCGAGCACAAGAACGCCAUGGGCAGUCCCGUGUUCGGUUAUAUGGGCGGUGGUCAAGUCAAGACCCCAGUGAUGGGACAGGCUCCGUACCAGGUCACUCUCGAGGAUCGCAUGCGAUGGGCACAGAUAGCGGACGUAAUGGCCCAGGCAAAUCAUUAUGCGGUAAUGACUUCCCACCCUGAACCAUGUCCAAAAACUGACUCAUUGUUCUAUGUGUCGACUUCACCCUCGCAGGCUGAACCAGUAGCGCCACCCCGCCCGGCGUCGGCCAUGUACGGCUACCCCAAUCUGCAGACGAUCGGUAACAUGAACACGCUUAGCAUGCACGGAACCCUGCCACCGCUACACACUGGGACGCUCCCACCAGUUCCUCUACCGAGUGCAUUCUUCAACAGGGGUCUCGGACUCAACCGAAACGGCAUGAGAACACUUGAAAACUCCAGCUCCAGCGAGGAGGAGGAUCGAGCCGAUCUACUCGGCCGAAACUUCAACGUUCCACGACCGAAGAGUAGAAGUAAUGCCAGCGUUACUUCAGGAAUUUACUACGACGUGGACUAUGCCCCGACCGGAGCGGAGCAGCUGUACGGCAUGAGUGGCACCUUGAGCGGCAGUACAACGGUUCCAACCUCGAAAUCCCAAAGUAACAUUCCGAUGAGUACGUACACCUCCGGCAGUCGACCGGUGCAGACGUCGUACUACCAAUGAGAGUCGCUCCCCCGGAACUCAGAACUCGAUCGAUCGAGAAGUGUUCAAAAUGAAACAUAGAAUCCCUCAGAAUUCCUCAGCGGAGAGUGUUCCGAUGCGCAGCAUCGAAGCUGAGACGAUAAUAAAACCGAAAUGAGAGAGCGAGUGAAGAAAAUUGAAGCGAAACGAACUUUCCUUUAGGUUUUAAGUUUAUACGUUAGCGUUGUAUAAUCAAUAAAAUUCUACGCAACACAAAAGUUACUGAACUGUUAUCUGUUCGGAGUUUUGUGUAAAUACAUCUUCAUAUAUACAUAUGUAAUGAGAGAUAGGUAGAAAGCGAAAGUGAAAAUUUCAUUGCAGUGAAAAAAAAACAUGCCUUCACAAGAGUGAAAGUAGAAUAUCGAGGCAGAGAUUAACUAUUAAGGAUGCGCUCUUUAUGUAUGUAUACUAGUAGUGAACUGCUUUCUCUAGUUUGUAGUGAAAUAUCGAUACACUGAUGCAAGUAUUAGAAAUAAAUAUUUAAGAGUCGUAUUAACA